GUCUGGGAGAGAAAGUGAAAGAAGUCUUGUGAUGGUUGGGCGGGUCAAGCUUAUUUCUGGCUUGUUGUUUUGAAGGCCUACGGGAGGAGUGGGGGUAAAAAUAAAAAAAAAAACGAGUUAAAGAUGGCGGAAAUCGAAGGAGAUGAGACUGCUCGGCCCGCUCCUCCGUCACUGCUACCCGCAGCAGCGCCCCGCUUUAACGGGUCGGGGAUGGACGGUUCUGGAAGCCAGACCCCGACCAUGGUGACCUCGGGUCCGCGCGUGGUUCGGAUCGUAAAGUCGGAAUCGGGAUAUGGAUUCAACGUCCGCGGUCAAGGGAGUGAAGGCGGCCAGCUGCGGAGCAUUAACGGGGAGCUGUACGCUCCUCUCCAGCAUGUCAGCGCCGUGCUACCCGGUGGUGCGGCGGACCGGGCCGGUAUAGGGAAAGGAGACAGAAUACUAGAGGUUAACCGGGUGAGCGUGGAGGGGGCGACGCAUAAGCAGGUGGUGGAUCUGAUCAGGGCUGGAGAGAGGGAGCUGGUGUUGACCGUGCUCUCCGUGCCGGCACAGGAAGUGGACGGACUUGACGGCGGUGAGGAAAGCUCAGUGCAGCCCAAUUGCGACUACAGCGACAAGCAGGCCGUCCCCAUUUCAGUCCCCACAUACAAACAUGUGGAACAGCACUCAGAGAAGUUUGUGGUGUAUAACGUGGACAUGUCGGGCAGACAGCUGUGCUUGAAGCGUUACCGGGAGUUUGCAAUACUUCAUCAGAACCUGAAGAGAGAGUUUUCCAACUACAAUUUCCCAAAGCUGCCAGGGAAAUGGCCCUUCUCUCUGUCCGAACCACAGCUGGAUGCUCGCAGGAGGGGGUUGGAGGAAUACCUGGAGAGAGUGUGCUCAGUGCGGGUCAUAGGUGAGAGUGACAUUAUGCAAGAAUUCCUGUCUGAAUCAAAUGAGAACCACAACGGCAUAAAUGAUGUCGAGCUACGGAUAGCGCUGCCUGAUAAAACCACAGCCUCAGUGAGAGUCAGAAAGAAUAGCACCACUGACCAGGUUUACCAGGCUCUUGUCAUGAAGGUUGGAAUGGACAGCAUCAUGGCUAGUUACUUUGCUCUCUUUGAAGUUAUUAACCACUCGUUUGUGCGCAAAUUGGCUCCUAAUGAGUUCCCGCACAAGCUCUAUGUUCAGAACUACACAUCAGCUGUACCCGGGACGUGUCUCACGAUGCGGAAGUGGCUCUUCAGCACACAGGAAGAGGAACUGCUGCAGGACAACCCUCUCGCUCUGCACUACUGCUUCCAUCAGGCACAGGAUGAUGUGAAGAAGGCAUUCAUUAAAGCAGAGGAUAAGGCAUACCAGCUGCAAAAACUAGCAGAACAGAGAAAAAUGACAAUGUAUCUAAGUCUUUUGCGCUCAUGUGAGGGAUAUAACGAGGUGAUGUUCCCUCACUGUCCAUGUGACUCACGGAGGAAAGGUCAUGUGAUCACAGCCAUCAGCAUGAAGCAUUUCAAACUGCACGCCUGCACAGAGGACGGCACUCUUGAGAAUCAGGUGAUCAUGUUCGAAUGGUCAGAGAUGCAAAGAUGGGACACAGAUGAAGAGGGAAUGGCCUUCUGCUUUGAAUAUGUGCGCGGAGAAAAGAAACCUCGCUGGGUCAAAAUAUUCACUCCCUAUUUUAACUACAUGAACGAGUGCUUUGAGAGGAUUUUCUGUGAGCUCAAGUGGAAGAAAGAGGUUGAAGACGAGGCCUCAGACAAAGGCAAUAAGAACUGUAGUAAUAAUGAUUACCUCUCGCCGCUGGAGCAACAGAAGGGAUGGUGCCACCUAGGGGGCGAGAUUGCCACUUCCUAAAACUCCUCUCUAGUCUAGAGCCUGUGGAAUUGCGCUGGAUCAUCACACUAGAGCAGACCACCAUAAUGACCAUGUUACCACAGCAACACCCUAGCGACGCCAUACCAACCAUGUUUCCAUGGAGACAAAAGUGUGCCUUUCAGAUGCAGAGCAUUCCAUAUGGCAACCACGGCAACGCAAAAUGCCAUUAUCGUGGCAAAGCAGACACAUAACAAUCGCUGCGGGGAUGUUUUGCACCAAUGGGUUCUGCUGUCAUUUCAUCAAUAGAUACUUUGAACUCGCAUAAGUACAUGUAAACUACCACAUAGGACAAGACCUUAAGAUCUUCCAUGCCGUCGGUUUAGGAGACACGCUCUUUUGUAAGUCUACUGGCUGGAUUUUGGAGAGCAUUAGCUAAAGUAGAGCACUGUUAUCAGGGCAGCAUAGUAACAAAAGACCACUUUGUGAUUUGAACAGCAGCCGCUAUCACAAUUGUUAAAAAAUUGAUAUAUAUGGGAGGGGGAAGUCAUGCCUUAACAAAAAUUCAUUUGUGUAGCAAGGUCACCAUACAAACAGUUAAUAUGGGAUCUCUCUAAAAUCAUAUUGUGAUGGCAUGAUUGCUUGGUUUUCCCAGUAUAGCUGACUAAAAUGAGCUCAUUUUCUUUUUACUUCCCAUUAAAUGAGGAGUUAACAAGUGUGUGGGAGCAGUAAGAAGUGUGUGUAAUUAAGAAGUAAAAGGACAGGAGUGUUUAUGGAUAGGUGUAGUUUGCAUAAGCGACCUGUAGGGGGCCCCUGCAUCAAACACAUAAGCAGCUGCGCUCAGGAUACAGUUGUAUUUGAGUUGAGUUUAUUUGUUAGUCUCAGAGGUAACAUCAUCGAGUCUUCGUCUGAGUUGGUUUUAGUGUUAUUUAUUGUUCAAGACUGCAGAGGCUUGCCUUGCUCAGUCAUAGAGAGACAACACAAUAAGGGACAAAUUGAGAAUAUCAGAGCAGUUUGAACAGUGUUUCUUUUCUUAUAUGGUUUCAGGAAAAAGAACUGAGGCUGCAGAAGGCAAUUGCUUUAAAAUUAAUUUACAAAUUCCCCACCGAGUGCUAAAAUAACAGCCUUCUUCCAAAGUGGUCUGUUUGCUAUUUUUCUGUUUUUCUUUUCGUAACUCCUCUUUUUUAACACAUAAGCAGAGAACCAUAGCUUAAAAUUUUGGUAUAGCCAAAAAGAUAUACCAUAAAGGACCUUAGUGGGCCCCGCUCAUCACAGGAACAGGCACAAUUUUUCCAUUUUCUUAAAAGAAUAGUUCACCCAAAAAUGAAAAUUAGCUGAAGAUGUACUCACCCUCAG